AUGAUACUCCUUUUGGUGGGAAAAAAGCAGAAGGAGGAGGAAGAGUUAUGGAAGCGAGAAAAAGUGAAAUUGAUCCAGAAAAAGAAUCAAUUCAUCUAAAAUGGAAUAGCUAGCAUUAAGGAAGGAAUUCUUGAUAAAACUGCAGGAAUUACUUUAAUGGUGUAAUUGGCAGAUUAUUUAUAUGAUAAUAUCUAAUAAGUAUGUCGAUUCGAAAUUCUUUAUAUUUUGAAAUAAGCCACUAUUUUGAUGUAAUAAUUGAGAGAUCGACUUGAAUAAAAGGCUAUUUUAGGAAAGCAUGAUCAUAUUAAGAUUGAAUUUGGUAGUGAAAUAUGGAUGCAUUUUUACGAAGACACAACUGUAUAUUAAUUGAUUGAUGAUCUUGAAAAUCAAAAAAAUAAAAUGAAAAAGAAAUAUAUAGACUAUGUCAAAUAAUUCAAUAAUUUUGCAUAUCAAAACCUACAAGAUAAUUAUCAAAAUAUAGAAUCAAUUGCAAAUCUAAAUUUAAGCAAACUUAUAGACAGUCAACUAUAUUAAGACUAAUUAUUUUUGAAAAUGCAAUUUCUAAAAUAGGAUUCCCUCAAAACUUAGGAUGAGAAUAUCAAAAAUCAAAUAUAGAAGUGUAUAUUAUGGAUGUAUGUAGUCUAUGAUUAUUAAAAAUUAUGCUCAGGGUAAUUAUUAAACAUCUAAAAAUUUAUAAAAGGAAUAAUAAAUAAUGAUUUAGAUGAAAUGAAAUCUUGUUUAAUUUUUAAUUGA